AUGGUCUACUUCAUCUUUGCCACAGAUGCCACCGCAGCCACUGAGGCACGCGCCACUCAAAUCAAGCGCUCCUCCUUUGAGACGGUGAAGAUUAUUGGUCGUGGGGCCUUUGGUGAAGUGCAAGUGGUACGCUACAAGAAGACCGGAGAAAUCUACGCGCUUAAAAUUCUCAACAAAUGGCACCUACUCAAACGCAAGGAGGCUGCCUGCUUUUUGGAAGAACGUGACAUUUUGGUCAACGGAGAUUCACGCUGGAUCACAAAGUUGCACUAUGCUUUUCAGGACGAUGAAAACCUGUACCUGGUCAUGGAAUAUUAUGGAGGCGGCGACCUCUUGACCUUGCUGAGCAAGUUUGAUGACCGUCUGAACGAGGACAUGACUCGCUUCUACGCAGCCGAAAUGGUGCUGGCCAUCGAUUCACUGCACCGCAUGGGUUACGUGCAUCGGUAA